AUGCAAGUCGACGAUUCUACGAUCCCGUAUAUAUCACAUGCAAUUGGCGCGUGGACGAGUGCCUCGCUGCUGCAGAAUUCCGAUCAUCCCUCGGUGCUGCCUUCGGUCGUUCUUGCGGAUGAUCUCGAACCAGUGCCGCAGGACUCCAGCGAUACUUUGGCGAUGGAUACUACUGGCGGUGGACAAGCAGUAGAUGCCGCAGCCGAAAUCCUGGAAGAGAUACGUGUGAACUCUUCGGGCGCUUGCGUGGAAUCCGAUGAAGAGGACCAGGCACACGAGCAAGCAAGCGUUUGUGACGAGCCGGCGUCGCCAGCCGAGGAUGUGUCCCGAGUCGAUCGUCUGAUCCUGCGUGCCUUCUUCGGCGAUGAAUCCGACGAAGAGAGCGAUUCGGAGGGUGAAGCCUCUGAGGAUCAGAGCCCUCAGCCAGCUCCAACCAGAGCCCGGAUCGUCGAGCUCCUCAACUGGAUUCCGCCAAACGCGGCACAGAGUCUCGAAGGCGCGUGGAGUUCGCCCAAGUCUCAGCUCGCGGUCCUUCAUGCCGAAUCGGCCUUGCCAGUGGACUGCACUUCCAACGUGCUGCGCAUGUUCCAAAUUCUUCUGGAGGAUCGCUUGAAGCCUGCGAGUCUGGACCAGACUAGGGAGCUCGUACUGGGCUUGCUGGACGCGAGAGAAACUGACGCAGAUCAGAUCAGGGGGCUGCUUCCUCGGCUUGCCAGAGUCCACGAGCAAGUCCAAGUCACAAGCAACCUACAAGGCAAACAAGUCGCCUCAAUUUCAGUUCUGAUCACUUUUGUGACGAUGUUGAACAGUCGAACUUUCCGCGAACGGUUCCUGCCCUACGCUCGAGUUGCGGCGUCCGAUAACUUCUGCAUUUCUGUAGCUGUGCUGGCCGACAGCAUGGAAGCCUCGUGCGUCAAGUUGCCCCCGAACGCGUUUGUCGCGGACCAGCUCAGUCGCCACACUCUUAUCCUGGCCGCAAAGGUGACCGAGAACACAACCGUCAACUACCAAUCCUCCAAACCAGCUCUCGCGCAUGCUUUUAGUGACAGUAUUCACGCAGAACUGCUGAGCCGAGCCGGCGCCGACUCGGCCAUAGAUCGGUUUGAUAUCGACGGCUUGAUUGAAAACGCAGUUCUUCAACCGUGUGAGAUGAAUUCCGUUGAGCCAGUCGCAAGAGCAAUUCUCGACCGCUUGCGUGUCAAAAGCGAAUCUGAAGUCAAGACGUUGAACACAGACCUCCGGUUCAAGACUAAAGCGUCGCUCAUUGCAAUCAUGACAGCGAUACUAAUCCCCCCGAACGAGUCCCGAUAUGAGGGCUGCUUGCUUCACAGGCUUCAGAGCGAGAUUUCAAAAACCGCCACCUCAAAGCUAAACCUGCACCGCCUUCGGGCAAAGACCACAAAAAACGAAAACGAUCUCCAUCUCGAUGACCUGUGGGAGUGCUUGACGCAGGUUCUGAUCAAGGCUCGCCGAGCUACCUCGACUUCAACACAAUCCGUCGCAAUGCUCGAUCACUUCGAGGAUCACCCCGCGGCGCUCCAAGAAUUCGCAACCCACUGUAAUCAGAAAGCGUACAAAUCGGCGGAGUCUCUGCGUCUCCGCACCGAAGAAAAAAUCACAAAGGAAAAGUACGAAGAGUCCCUGCGUGCGACCAGGCGCCCACCCCCACGAGUCGAGAUCAGAGACUACUUUGACUUUGGGUGCUCAAUCGAAUCACAGCGCACCGGUCACUUUGAUUUUUGCGACGAGUGGGGCAAGACCAUCUCGGGAUUGGAGAAGACUUGCGUGAUCGGAAAGAUUGAGCUGCCUGACAAGUCCAGCGAACGGUCGCUGUACUACGUCUCGCAACAGGGUUCUGCACCUUCGGCUCCUGAUGGCGCAACCGGCGUCUCCAAGGUGCCUGUCCUCACGGUCGGCGAUGUGGUUAUGCUUCCGAUUUGCCCCAAUCCGAAGGACCCGAAUUGCGACUGCAUGCGCCACUGCCAGCUCAGACACCACGAUGCUCGUGCUCGUGGAACUUCAAAAUGCGCCUGCGUCGAGCGAGAGCAGAGAUUCCUCGGGGAUCCCCCCAGCAGCCCGAGCAUCAGCCCGAAACAUUGGAGUAGCUUCCUGGAGAAACCGUUGUUCACUCUAUUUGAAGGCAGCGGCCUUGACAACCGAAUCGACACAUCGACCAUGUCCGCAGCCCAGGUCCAGUCGCACCACAUUGGCCGAUUUCGGAUUCUUUUCGAGUCUAACAGCUGGCCCGGACGCGGGCAAACAAGCAGGAUCGCCACACAGAAACUGCACAUCACUCCACACCUCGUGUUUCGGCACAUGCGGAAUGUUUGUGCAGCUGAGGUUGUCGGAGCAAUCGAACUUGUCAGAGAUAUCGCCGCGCGGCCCACCCCGUUCAUAUCGUUCCAGAAGCACUUCCAGAUCGAGAAGCAGCCACUCAAAUGGCAGUGGAACUGCUUGUUUUCAACGAUGCCCUACCCGUAUGAUAUGCAACAUCCGCAGGAUCGACCCGAGCGCGAGUACAAGCUGAAACACAUGCAAUCGGAAAUGACCGCAGUCUACAAGCGCAUCAACGAGGCUCGGCAGCAGCAGGUGUCGAUUGCGACCAAGCCUGCCUUGCUGCAGACCCUUCGCAUGAACGUGUUUGAAGACGAUGGAUUUGCUCGAGUCGCGCAUCAGUUUCGCACCAAGCACGGCUGCAUGGACAUCCAGUUCGAGCUACUCGGCUUUCCGCACAGAGAACGCAUGCGCAAGACAGGGUUUGGCGUUAUCCUUGCUGCAAUGGGUGUCGAUGUUGACAUGGACACGACCCGCAACGGACUUGUUGCGCAAAUCGGGCACAUCCAGCAAUCUGCUGGCUUCACCACCGUCGACCCCAUCACGGGCUUUCCCGAGCUUUGGCAAGUGGAAAUCACAGCUUUUCGCGGCGACAGUCCCGCCAUCCGUGCCGCGCUGGGCCGGAAUGUGCAACAGCACUGUCUCGAGUGCACUGCAAGCAAGCAAGACCCAUCCACCACCACAUUCAAGCGAGAUUUGUCCAAGUCUCUCUUCUGCCACGCCUUGCACGCCGGCGUCCUGCGAGCGCCCUUCGACAAGCAAGCUGCUGCCGAAGGCACGACAGACUUUUAUGGCCUGCAAGUGCCGACCCGCAUGGGCAUCCCAGUCAUUUCGGCAGGCCAUUUCAUCGAGCCGGUGGCGCCACCGAGGAACUUUCCAAACAUCUCACCAAGUUCUGAUGCGAGCAAGGCUCAAGGGUACAAGACGUUUCGGAGCCUGCUUACGAGUCUUGAAUGUAGCCCGACUCCAAGCUCGUGGCUGUUCCUACCGCAGUUUCUCCGGCCUGGCGCAGAGAUGGUUUCCCUCCCAGACCUGCUCCAUGUCAACCAUCUCGGGCUCGCCAAGGCCGUCAACUUGGGCUUCCGGGCGCUCCUGUGUCCGGAAGACAGGAAAAACGGCUUCCUCUCAGCGCAGGAAUGCAACGGGUUGCUCGCUGUACUGGUGAAUCACGUUGACAAGAGCGGGUUGGACUCGUCGCAUCAAAUCUCCGGAUCGGCCGCUUCAUUCAUCAAAGCGCUCGUUGGCUGGGAGCACUUUCAGCUGGCACAGUUGCUCCCCACGCUGUUUGGUGCCGUGUCGCGCCAGUUUGAACAGUACGCAGCGAAGGCGCUCGGCCAUCCCGAAGCCCCGACAGCCGCCGCGACCGCGGCCGAGCUCACCACGUCCCUUGGUCGCGUGUUCACGGCGGCAGCUCGAAUUGUGUGCCUCAUCAUGACCCCAAAGUGCACGCAGGCCCAGCGCGUCGAGCUCAAGGACUUGUUGAUUGACAUCCUAACCAACCUGAAUUCGGAGGUCGUCAACGCUCAACGAGAGUGUUACACGUCUGGAGCACCGUCACUCAUGCCUCCUCAACUGUUGAACUUGGCACACAGCAAAAAGUUCCACGCGCUGGCUGAGUAUGUCCGGCUUUACGAGAUUUACCCCAACGCCGAGCUGUUUUCCAACGAGCGUUUCGAGUCGAUGCACGGUCGCAUGCACCAGGCCGCCGGGUUUGGCAACCAUCACAACGUCGCCGCCACUGCCCUCGGAAAGAUGUGGAUGGACUACACCUUUCGCAUAGCUGACCCGACCGACGUUGCGAACUCGCCAACCGCUCCUCCCCUCUCCACGUCUUCUCGCUGUGCUCCUCCUGUCCCGGAACUGUUCGACGCCCCUGACGCGGUUGAGCCCACUGAGGGAGGUUGCCGCCAGACUUCACCCCGGCUGGAUGCGUUGACACCACGACAGGCUGAGGCCACGACCAAGCAAGCUUCGGCCAUUUCGUACAUGGACAAGAAGGCCUACAAUGUCUUGCAGAGUAGCCUGUGCCCUCCACAUCCUUCUGUGAAAGAGGCACACACGUUCGCGCACAAUGGAAGUAUGACUGCGCGGAAAGGAACUCGUGUUCGAACAACAUGUGGUCUGCACGUCAAGGAGAAUGGGUUUGUCAAGAUUCGCAUCGACACAAGAAGCUAUCUCGGCAAGUUUCUGUUUGGGUACCGUCUCACGAAUGCUCCUCCGGAUGCCUUCACGGACUGGGCGUGCGUCGAGCUGCUGCACCGCGUUGACAGCGUUUCAUUGUUUCGUGGGGGGAAGGCCGUGUCCGAGUACGCUUGUCGUGCCAAAUUUCUCGUGCCGGCCACGACCCUCGUCGCCCCGCUCAGCACCAUGCACGCGUGUUUCCAUCACAUGUGCAACCUCCCCCAGGACGACAAGAAGCAAAUCAAGUUCUCCCUUGUCAAGCACAACCACGCUGACCGUGUCGUGCUGAUGCCCACUGCACGCAACGUGUUGCGCCCAGAACUGGAGCUUGAUGCCAGGCUUGAAGACGACGUGGAGAGCGACUUUGGCUUUCAGAUGCCUGGGCACCCCAGCGGCAAGAGCGUGUCUGCUGCCGAGCUCUCGUUGCUUUUCUCGCCCCUGGACCCCGUCACACGACGCAAUAUGGCUGCAAUGAAAGCCCGGUGGACAGCACCUGCUCAAGCCCCUGCUGCUGGGGCUCCUGCUCAACAUAGUCCUGCUGGUGCUCCUGCUCGUGCUUCACAUGCAUCGGUUUCCCAUGUUGCGCAUACGGCACAUGCUCCAGCUCCGCAUGCAGGCAGUCGCAGCCACGAUUCUGGGUCCGCUGAACCGAUGCAGGUCGACCAAGCAGAACGCACGCCUCUCUCUGCUCUUGGUGACCGCCCUUCUUCUUCUGUUUCGCAUGCAGGGCACGUGCAACCCCCGCAUACAGUCAGGCGUGACUGCGCUACUAGGUCUGCACGACCGCCGCAGACUCCUCCUGGCCGCCCUUCUGCUCAACAAGCAGCCUCCGCAGGCCUAACCGAACUUGUUCAACGACCGAGGCCGAUCCUGAUGAAGCGUCUGUGGGCAAGCAUGUGGACAGAUCCCCCCGAGGCAAUCGAAGCUGAGCUCGCAUGGCACCCCAGGCCUAGAAUUCUCGCGUACCGUUGGCUCAUGAGAGCCUGCCAGCCCUUGCAGUUCACACCCCUGCGGGUCUCACCCACAAUCCCAGCCGCUACUCAACCGCCCGACAACGUGUCUGCAGAGUCGACCCAACCGCCCACCGAACUGUCCGCCGAGCCGAUGGCUUUGAUCCCCGCCACUGCCCAACCGCCCGUCAACUCGUCUGUAGAGUCGACGGCUUCAAUCUCAGCAGCUGCCCAACCGGCCGCCAACCUGUCCCCGAAGGCCUUGCAAACUGUGCAGGAGUUCCUUCAGCUCUAUGACAGGAGCAUCCCGAUCAAGCUCAAUUCGCCUGGGAUAGAUGCGUCCGAGCAUCUGCCAGCGAGACAAGUCUUGAAGCCCUUCGACGACAAGGGCUCUGAGUGGAUGUCCGCUGAAGCGCUUGACUUUUGCUUCGGGCGCCUGCAACAAGCAAACAUUACCUCGCAAAACGGGGUCAAAGUCACCUUUUGGGUAUGA